UCUUACGACUUUCUCUAAUAUUUUUCGUCAAUUUUGUUCUCUUUUUGUUUCCCUUUUUCGUUAACAAAGCUUAUAGUUUAAUUUUCGUUGAAGUGCCAACCAGUUUGACAAAACCAGAGAAAAACAAAUAAAAAUUGGAGGAUCGAGAUAGGUAAUGUAAUUCGAUAGAGUGCAGAUGAGGGAAGCAAUGCUUUGAUUUGAUUUGAUUCCAUUGCUGCGAGUGUGAGGAUCUGUAUUGGUGAUGAAGCAGCACGAGUUAACUCUGUUGUUGUGUCUCUUAUGGGCACUAACCCUUCUCUAUGGUGAGAUGUUCGCUUAUUGGGUUCCAUCCCUCUUCACCUGUUCGUGGCCCCAUCUUCUCCGCAACUCUUCUUCGUCAACGGCUCAAACAGAUGGCGGGAAUUACCAAGCUGAUUAUGUAAAAGUUGCUGUUAUUACAGAUCCACAGCUCAUGGAUAAAACUUCUCUCAGUCUUCCUGCAAAAUCACUUGCACUGGAGCUUGCAGAAUUCUACACUGAUUUAAACAUGCGUAGAUCAUUCUUUGGAUCUGUCCUGCCUUUCAAACCUGAUGUCAUAUUGUUUUUAGGUGAUUACUUUGAUGGAGGUCCUUAUUUAUCAGAUGAAGAAUGGCAGGAGUCUUUGAGUCGCUUCCGACAUAUCUUUGGUUUGAAUGCACGAGGAAAAUACAUGGACUUGCAAGUUUACUACAUUCCUGGAAACCAUGAUAUUGGGUAUGAAAGUCUUCAUUCUCUAAAUCCAGAGGUUAUCCAACGCUAUGAGGAAGCAUUUGGGACAAGGAACUACAGAUUUACUGUCGGAAAAGUGGAUUUUGUUGCCAUUGAUACUCAAACUGUGGAUGGACACCCACAAAAUCAUCUGACUUCUCAAACUUGGGGUUUUGUGAAGAAUAUCUCUGCUGGUAAUGUGGUUCAUCCAAGAGUUUUGUUGACACAUAUUCCAUUAUAUCGACUUGAUGAUACUUACUGUGGUCCUUAUCGGAGUUCCCCAGUUAUCAAUCAGAGGAUAAAUUAUGCUGUAAAUGAUAACACUAAUGAGAUAUCGUAUCAAAAUUAUGUUUCGGAGAAGUCUUCAGAGUACUUACUAGAUACAAUCAAACCUAAGCUUAUUUUGUCCGGUCAUGAUCACGAUCAGUGUACCAUCACUCAUCAAUCUAAAUCUGGGCCUGUAGAAGAGCACACUCUAGGUACUAUAAGUUGGCAACAAGGAAACUUGUAUCCCUCGUUCAUGCUGUUAUCAGUUGAUAACUCAACUCUUCCAAAUGCUUCCAUUCCAAGAGAUGCUUUGUUGACUCAUCUAUGUUUUCUUCCAGUUCAAUUACACAUUUACAUAUGGUAUAUUGUGCUAUUUGUCUUGACCCUUCUUGCCACCCUAUUUUGGCCAACAAGUGGCACAAGUUUUUGGCAUCAGUGUUGGGGCUUAUUUGGCUAUUGUAAACAACUAAUGUCUGGCAUCUUUUCUAGAAGCGAAACAAAAGACAAGGAUGAGGAUGCUAACUAUGAAUAUGAGAUGAUGUGGGAUGCAGAAGGAUCAAUGCAUCUCGUAAAGAAACCCUUGAAUCCAUCUACUGUAAAUUCAAACGACCGAAGCUUAGGAGAAAGGGGUAAUGUUGUGAUGCGGGCAGCAGCUAGAAAAACUACUACUCAGGAAGGAGAACACUCUGUAAAUGUGGAUAUGGCUUCAGGAAUUGCUCUUGAUCCUAUUGGAAGAAUACCUCCCAGAACAGGCAAAUCAAAGACAAAAGUUAUAAUCCAGAGGCUGAUACGUACCCUGCGAAUGUUCACUGUCAUUGCAGCAGUGAAUGUUCCUCUUUACAUGAUGUUGCUAUUCAAGGAUUGGAUUGACAAAUGAGAAUCAAAUUCCUAUAAGAGCUAUACCACUCAGGUUUUACAUCCACUUUUGUUUAAUUUAAGGUGAAAAUUUGUAUAUCCAAUUACAUGUUCAAGAAAGUAAUUGCCAUCAGCAUGAUUUCACUAAUCAUAUGUUGAGGCUUUUACAUUAGCUUGAAACUCAUCUUUAAAUUAUUCACUGACAUGGUUAUGAUCAUACGCAACAUCAAGUUAUAAACAAACGGUUUUGUUAA